AGGCUUUUCUUGAGCAUCUGAAACAGAAAUAUCCCCACCAUGCCACAGCAAUAAUGGGACACCAGGAGAGACUGAGAGAUCAGGUUCCUUUCCAGGUUCCUAUUCUCCCUUUUUACUUCUUCAGCUGCUCCAGUAUCUGGAAAGUGCCAACAUUGUCCAUGGUGGGAAUUUCCCCCCUGUAGGAUGCCUAUCAAGGACACUAGUCAGUGCAACACCAUUUUCUAAUCUCUCUGUCAAAUUGUGCAGCUGAAACAUAAAAUACCUCAGUAUUUACAGUCAGAAGGUAGCCCCUGGUAUAUAAUUUAAUUUCUCUUCCACGUUGCUCUAAACCCUGUCAGCUCCACAACCAAUAGGAAAUCAAGAAUUUUAAUUGUCUGGUUUCUUCUGUGUGGACAUUCUUCUCUUGCCCAUUUUAUCCAUCAUUAUCUGAGUAUGGCCAACAGACUCCUUGUUUGCAAGAAAUAAACAUCAAGGAAAAAAUUUGAUGCUGUCAUAUCCUACUGUAUGUCUUCCACCAGAAAGGGCAGCUGAAUGUUGUCUGCAUCUUCCACUAUGCACUAAUGGUUUCCUCCAGGCUUCAUUUAUUGAGAUAAAUCCCUCCCUGGAUGUGCCUCCUGAGGACCCAUUUCUGCUCCUGAUAAUCUGCCACAGAUCAGAAGUACAAUCACGGCCAGGUAAAGUGCCGGCAGGGAUUACAGAUGGUUAGCUACUGUGAUGACCUGAAACCUCCCAGCUGUGCACACAGAUAGUUUCUCCUCCGAAGGUUUGUUGCCUUGUUUGUGAUAUCCUGUUCUGGAAAGGACAGCUCACAGAGGCAGGGUCCAUCGUUGUUUGCACAAGGGGCUUGGGAUAUUGCAAAUAGCCUGCAGCUAAACUGGUCUGUGGUAAAGUGGAGCAUGACUUUGCAGCAGCCUGGGGGGUGCAGGCAUGCUCCCCAGCACAGGAGGAUGCAGAACCCAAUGGCCACAGCUCUGCCACCCAGAGCCCAGCAGCUCGCCCUCACAUUGCAGCUUUUCCCCCUCCUAAGGUAAGUCCACAGCUGGGCACCAGAGCUCGCUCCUCCUGGAUGUCUGUAAAGCCAAGGAACAUUUUUUUAUUAUUAUUAUUUUAUUUUUUUUAAAUAAUUUUUUUAUUAUUUAAAGCUCUUGCAAGUUUCUGCAGGAGCUUUAAAUACCUUACCUCUGCCAAGGCUCUCUCACCUGUGGUAAUGAAAGGAAGGUGCUAAUGUAAUCCCCAGGGAAGGUAAAAAAAUAAAGAAAGCAAGAGGGAAACAGUCUGGGAUGUCUUCAGUUUCAGACAGUGUGAAUCAUCUGCUGUGGAGCUCAUGGAAGAACACAGUCACCUGCUUAGGUGAGGUUGACUCCGGUCAGCAGAGAAGGAAAGAGGGAACAAGUGUAAAAGCUGGGUCUGUAGCUGCAAGCAUGAAAAGGAUUUAGCAAUUAAGAGGUUAAAAUGCUAACCUGGCAAUGGGAGGGGGUAAUCCCUGCUGUGAACCUGUUUUACAAGUCAGCUCUAAAAAAACCUUUCUGAGGGGCAGAGAACAAAAAUGAAUGGUAGAAGCUUUUCUGAGCGGGAGCUUGUGAGCCUGGGGUAAGAAAGUGAGGUGGAAGAAGUUUGCCACAGCUUUCUUCAGUUGUUGUUUGACUAGGAAAUAGGCUGGGAAGUGUGGAAGGGUCAGAAGCAGCUCUAGUGCUUCAGGCAGUGCUCCGUGAAGAAGAAAUUUUCUUGGCAAAUGAAAUCAGAUUUCAAUCAAUUAAAAACAAAACCCAAAUCCUUCCGGUGUCUUUGCAGGGGUGAUUGCCUAGAAAAUGGUGGUUGAGGGUUUUUUGUUGUGUGUAUUUAGAUCUGAACAUGACAGGUAACUCUGGCAUCUGGGCAGGUGUGGCUAAGGUUACCAUGGAGAUUCAUGAUGUCAUGCUUGAUAGAGCAUGUCAAGACAGCUAAUCUAACAUGUAGAUGUUCAAAAAGUCCCAUAGGCCAGGACUAAGCUUUAUGCAAAUAGCAAAGUUACUCUGCAAAAGGGCAAAAGAAAACACGGCUGAGAUAUGGCGUGCGUUCUACCUGGCAGCUUGAAAGGAUUAUUACAGACUGCAUCAUAAAUUAAAACUUUUGGAACUAAAAGAAGAGGAUUUCAGACUGUCUGUGGCCUCACCUGUGGAAUCUCACAUUUCGACAAGAAGCCCGAAGCCAUCUCAGAGCCCCCAGUCCAAUUUGGGUGACCACACAGAACACCUCUCUGAAGCAUCUGCUGACUCCUUAGAGGCCAUGUCUGAAGGUGAUUCUCCAACCCCCUUUUCGAGGGGCAGCCGCACGCGGGCAAGCCUUCCCGUUGUGCGGUCAGCAAACCAAACGAAGGAAAGAUCACUGGGUGUAUUAUAUCUUCAGUAUGGAGAUGAAACAAAGCAGUUGAGGAUGCCGAAUGAAAUCACAAGCACAGACACAAUUCGUGCCCUUUUUGUAAGUGCCUUCCCCCAGCAGCUGACAAUGAAAAUGCUGGAAUCGCCCAGUGUCGCCAUUUACAUCAAGGAUGAGAGCAGAAACAUAUACUAUGAGUUGUGUGAUGUGAGGAAUAUUCAAGACCGAUCUUUCCUUAAAGUUUACAACAAAGACCCUGCACAUGCAUUUAAUCACACUUCCAGAGCUGUAAAUGGAGAUAUAAGGAUGCAGAGGGAAAUUGCUUAUACGGGACGAGAUGGCCCAAGUGGCUCCCGCCCUGGAUCUGCCACACACCCUCUGCAUGCGAUGCCCAGCUCUCCACCCUCCACCCCGGUGCCCCACUCCAUGCCUCCCUCUCCGUCCAGGAUUCCCUAUGGUGGGGGCCGGCCCGUGGGUGUGCCAGGCAAUGCCACCAUCCCCAGGGACCGGCUGUCCAGCGUGCCAGCCUCACGCUCCAUAUCGCCCAGCCCAAGCGCCAUUUUGGAGAGACGGGACGUGAAGCCAGAUGAGGACAUGAGUAACAAAAACCUGACCCUGAUGCGAAACGAAAGUCUGUACGGUGACCCCUACUUGUUUCACGAGGGGAGGAUGAGUGUGGCUGCACCACACUCCGGACACCCCCUCGAUGUCCCCGAUCACAUUGUAGCCUACCAUCGCAGUGCCAUGAGGUCAUCGAGCACUUACUGCAACCCCUCGAUGCAGCCUGAAAUGCUGGAGCAGUCCUUGUACAGGCAGAAGUCACGAAAGUACCCAGAGAGCCAUUUGCCCACUCUUGGCUCUAAAACACCUCCAGCCUCACCCCACAGGGUGGCUGACAUGAGAAUGAUUGAUAUUCAUCCUCACCAUGGCCCUCACAUUCCCGCCCACACCAUCCAGCCUGACAGGUCUUCCCCCAGCCGCCAGUCCUUCAAAAAGGAGCCAGGACCGCCGGUGUUUGUGGAUGCGAAAGCACGGAACGCUGUCGGCCUCCCAGGCAUGGUCGAGGCAAUGCCCUCUCCUGUGGACAAGCAGGCUUUUGGCUAUGGGUCACCCACGAUGCCCAAGGACAAGGAGACAAGAGAGAGGAUACAAGCCAUGGAGAAACAGAUUGCCAGUUUAACUGGUCUUGUUCAGUCUGCGCUUUUUAAAGGGCCAAAUACAAGUAAUAGCAAAGAUUCUUCUAGUGAGAAGAUGAUGAAAAUUGUGUCCAGCAAGAGCAGCACUGACACUGCAGGUGCUGCCAGCGUAUCUGUGGGGAAGAAUGCACUGGGAGCUGUGGAGUCAGCUGUCACCCAUCACCCUGCUGGAGCCCCAGCAAUGCAAGUCAGCCUGCAUGGUAUGAAACGCAACGUGUCGGAUCUGCGGCUGCAGCUGCAUCAGAUGAAGCAGCUACAGCUGCAGAACCAGGAGAUGCUGAGGGCAAUGGUGAAGAAAGCAGAACUAGAAAUCAAUGGCAAAGUGAUUGAAACAGUGAAGAGGCUUGAAGAUCCUGUGCAGCGACAGCGCAACCUGGUGGAACAAGAAAGGCAGAAAUACCUCAGCGAGGAAGAAAAGAUUGUAAAGAAGUUAUGUGAGCUGGAGACAUUUGUGGAAGACUUGAAGAAGGAUUCUGCUGCUUCCAGCAAGACAGUUACACUGAAAGACGUUGAAGAUGGAGCCUUUCUUUUGCGUCAAGUGGGAGAAGCUGUUGCUACCCUGAAAGGAGAGUUCCCGACAUUGCAAAAUAAAAUGCGAGCGAUCCUGCGGAUUGAGGUGGAAGCUGUGAGGUUCCUAAAGGAAGAACCACACAAGCUGGACAGCCUGCUGAAACGUGUGCGCAGCAUGACCGAUGUCCUUACCAUGCUCAGGAGACACGUCACAGAAGGACUGCUGAGGGGUGUGGAUCCAUCCCAAGCCGUGCAAUACUCUGCCAUGGAAAAGUCCAGUGCAGCUGACACUCUGAAAAGCCAAGAGGAGCACAAGCCCACCCAGGGACAUGCACAACAAAACCUCCCAGCAAUCCCAGCCGAGUCCCAGGUGUCAUCAGUCAAGUCAGAAGUCAUCCCCUUCUCAACGCUGACUGUCCAUCACGUGCAGAGCUCGCCUGUUGUCAUCCAUCAGUCCCAGCACUCCGCAGCCCUGCUCAACCACGCCCAGGGCUCUCCCACUGCAGGCAGUCACAGCGAAGGGGUGCCAGCUGCUGGUCACCCCUCAGCUGCCCCACCCCUGCAGGAGCCCACUGCAGGACCCCAGACCACACAAGCCACACCAGCACCACAGGUCUCUGUCAAUGGCACCACCAUGCAAAGCCUUUUCAUUGAGGAAAUUCACAGUGCAAGUACCAGAAAUCGAGCUGUAUCAAUUGAGAAAGCUGAAAAGAAGUGGGAAGAGAAAAGACAAAACCUUGAUCACUAUAAUGGAAAGGAAUUUGAAAAGCUCUUGGAAGAGGCCCAGGCCAAUAUAAUGAAGUCCAUUCCUAACCUGGAGAUGCCUCCCCAGCCAGCAGCCCUGCCUAAAGGGGAUGCAGCAGAAAAGCUAGAAGUCUCAGAAGAAGCUCCUGAUGGAGAACAAGAUAAUGACAAGCUGACCAAGUCUCCACCUCCUCCACCUCCACGGCGCAGUUACCUGCCAGGGUCAGGACUGACCACAACGAGAUCAGGAGACGUCAUCUAUACAGCCAGAAAAGAGGCUGCUGCUCUCAAGGAAUGCAAUGAAGAUGCUGGGCAAAUAGCACAAUCCAAAGCCCCUAAAGAGGACCAGGCAUUGUCUCGGAGCACAGGGCACGCUGUAGCACCAGCUGCAAAAGAUGAAGAGGAAGAGGAAGGAGAUAAAAUAAUGGCAGAAUUACAGGCUUUCCAGAAGUGCUCUUUUAUGGAUGUAAACUCAAACAGUCAUGCUGAACAGUCCAGAAAUGAUACACAUGUUAAAGACAUAAGGCCUGGGACUUUAAUGCAUCACAAGGAAAAGAAGAAUUUGGAAUUUUGCCCCGAAGAAAGACAGGAAUCAGAUGACAGCUUGAGACAUGUCUCUGCAGCAGUAAAUGGAGUGGUGUAUGGGGCUACAACAGGAUCUCCCACAGAUAGUGACCAUCCUAAAGAGAAGAGGGAAGGGAGAACUGAAGAAGAAUUGGGUUCUGAUUCAUCCAGUACAGCUGACAGUAAAAUUGGCUUUUCAAUGAAUGACAGUCCUACAUUUAGCAAGGGUUUGUUUGUAGACAGUACAGACUAUUCUAACAAAAACCUUCAGAAUAUGAGCACAAACCUGUCUGCUGUCAGUUUGCCAGAGGAGGACGAACGAAGAGGGGCUCAAGAUAUCUUAGGAUCACGUUUUCCAGCUGUUGAGACUGGAAAACAAAAGCCAAACUACAGACUGCCAAGAGAUGCUCACCAGGGUGUGCUGCAGGGUGAAGCCUUGCAGAGCACGGGCAAGCACAUCCCUGUCAGCAGCGUUGCCCCUCUCCUGAGGCACACGCAGGAGGCUGUGGGGCCUCAACCUUCCUUGCAGGAGCAAGAAGUUUCUGCAGCCAGCUACAAUCAGGUUGUGCUGAGACCCAAAGUGUCCAGAACAAACAGUGUGAGCAGCAUUGAAGAGACAGACUCUCCAGCCAGCUCUCCAAGUGAGGACAACCCACCCACAGAAAACAUUGCCUUCAUGAUUACUAAAACAGCUGUCCAGGUGCUCUCGAGUGGGGAAGUUCACGACAUAGUCAGCCGGAAAGGAGGAGAUGUGCAAACAGUCAACAUCGAGGCUAGGAAGGAUGUGGCAUCAGAGAAGAGCAUCCCUGAGAACACAGACUGCGAGGAGCCAGUGGUGUGUCUGGACAAAAAACCUGUCAUCAUAAUUUUUGAUGAACCGAUGGAUAUUAGGUCAGCGUACAAACGGCUUUCUACGAUUUUUGAGGAAUGUGAUGAGGAAUUGGAAAAAAUGAUGACAGAUGAGAAGAUAGAAGAAGAGGAGGAGGAAGAAAAUGAAGCACACGAAGUCUCUGAGAGGCAGAAGGAGGAGUCACCAGUGGCUAAUGACACAAAAGCAACCACAGAGCAUUCUGCAGCUCAUGGUCCCCAGGGGCCAUACCUUUUUAACCUUCAGUCUGACUCUGCAGAAAGCAGACCUCCUGCAGAGGAGGAAAGCACAAAGACAAAUUUUAACAAAUACCGUCAAAUCUAUGGGCUAAACACAGAAGGAAACUCGGACUCUGCUGAGCAGUUGGGAAGCAGGCAGGAUUCUAAGAAAAAAUUUAAGUUUAAAUUCCCUAAAAAGCAGCUGGCUGCUCUGACACAGGCAAUACGGACAGGAACCAAGACUGGGAAGAAAACCUUGCAGGUUGUGGUCUAUGAAGAAGAGGAGGAAGAUGGGACACUGAAGCAGCACAAGGAAGCAAAGAGAUUUGAAAUCACUAGGUCGCAGUCUGAGGAGAGUGAUAAAAGCCCUUCUGGGAAGCAAGAGGGACCCUCUGGAGCUGCAGUGUCCCUAUCUAGGACUGAUGAAAUUCGACAGAGUACAUACAGAACACUAGACAGCCUUGAGCAGACUAUAAAGCAGCUGGAAAACACCAUCAGUGAAAUGAGUCCAAAACCUAUCCCUGAAAACACAUACACCUCUGAGGGAAGCACUGUCCCCUUCUCUGCCCAGAUAGUACCAGAGACCCCAUCCCGAGAGCGUGUAGUGCUGGAUGAGAGCCUUGCUGGUGUAGAGCCCCCUGCAUCACUCCCAGCCACUUCACGUAAGGGCUCCAGCGCUGCCUCCCAGACAAGCCGGAUGCCAGUCCCCAUGGCUUCAAAAACUAGACAAGGAAGCAUGGAGAAAUCAGGCAAACAGCACAAGCUGCAGGAUCCACGCCAAUACAGACAGGCUAAUGGAAGUGCUAAGAAAGCUGGUGGGGACUAUAAGGCUACUUCUCCUACCCUACCUGCUUCUAAGAUCCCAGCCUUUUCUCCCACUUCUGGGAAAAGCAGCUCAGCACCUGCUUCUAGCGGUGACAGCUCUAACCCUCUUAAUCCACCCACUAAAACCUCCAUUCCUUCCUCCUCCCUUCUCGGUCCUCAGACAGGUCGCGUAACUUACUCUACCUCCCUCAUCCCCUCUGUCUCUAACGGCUCCUCCAAGUUCCAGAGCCCCACUUACCCAGGGAAAGGUCAUCACCUCUCCUUCUCGCUGCAGACUCAGAACGGCCGACCACCCCCUCCUUCCUCCUCUACCUCCCCCUCCUCCUCUAUCUCCCCUCCUUCCCUGAGCCAAGGUAUGAAGAGCAUCAGGACAAUCCACACCCCUAGUUUCAACAGCUACAAGGCACAGAACGGGAAUGCCGGCAAGUCCGCCCCAUCCACGGUCAAGGAGCCAUCCUAAAAGCUAAGCACAGCACACCCGCCAGGUCACCAAGGCUUUUUGUUCACUUUCAAAGAAUCUGCAGCCAAUAUUUUAACCAGGGAAUGUAACCAUUUUGUUGUAUUGCUGGAGGCUUAAUACUAAUCACGUGCUAAAUACUGAAUUACUACACUAGAUUAGAGUGAAGCUUUUUGGAAAACGGUUGCUGUUGUUAUGAUAAAAGAGCAUUUUCUUUCUAUAGGCAGCACCUCUUACAAAAAGUGUGAAGGUGUGUGAGUGAACUUGACUGCGUGUGCACAGCAGUGUACUAAGCAUGGGGAAUUGUAUGGUUAAAAAUUUACUAAGUUGUUUUGUAUAAAGCUAUUUUUCAUUAUGGGGUCUAGAAGUGAACAGAGAUAUACUAAAGUGUGAUUAUAUUCAACUGUAAAACUGAAACUAAAAUAUUUUUCUUUUAUUUUGGUGUUAUUUAGCUUUGUUACAGAUUUCUAUUUUUGUCAACAAAUGUCAUGGUUCUUUUCGAGAUCUUUUUGCCAAAACAUUUUGAUACUAUUGUAAUGUACAUUUAAAAGUAGUAUGCUGGACAGUAAACCUCUGCACAAGAGACAGAACAAGACUGGUCUUAUGUGUGUAUGAGGCAACUCAACUUAUUGCACUGCCAUUCAGAUUAUAUUUAAGAAUUUGCCAGCCAAGGAAAAAAUAAAUUGUUUUACACAUAUAUAGAUAGUUGCUGAUUACUUUUUUUCUUAGCUAAUUCCACCCUUUUUCCUUCAGUUUUAUUUUACUGAGACCUGGUAGCCCAUUAAUGUAUUGCAUUGUGGACUUUAAAAUGUACACUUCAGUACUGUUCUGUAUACUGGCAAACUUUUGUACAUAUCUAUAAAUACCUAUAAAUAAAUAAAUACUGUAUGUGGCUGGGCACAUAGAGUAGUUUUACCACACCAAAGUUAAUUUUUAUGCAUGCUUAAAAAUAUAUAUGGGGAAGGGUUGAAAAAGAUGGCUAUCAGUUAAAUAGGAGAAGAGCAAGAAACUUGCAUAACUAAUGGUUUUGUAAAUAAAUUUAUUUGUAUAACACCAUAAUGUAAUAUACAGAACUAUGAUAAGCAAAGAUCCUUACAAAAAUAAAGGGCUGCAUGCUUAUA